GGCCCCUGCGGACCGGCGCCAGGACGGGAGGCGCGAGGGGACACUGCCCGCGCGGGGCCGGUCACGUGCCCUCCGGCAUGGCCGGGGAGCGGGCGGCGGGGAGCGCGCAGGAGGGCGGAGGGGUCGCGCGCGCGUCGUCUCCCGGUGGCAGCGGCGGCGGCGGGAGCGCGCUCCCCGCUCGUCCUUUCAUCUGCUCCUUCCCCGACUGCAACGCCACCUUCAACAAGGCCUGGAGGCUGGACGCCCACCUCUGCCGGCACACGGGCGAGAGGCCGUACGUUUGCGAUUAUGAAGGCUGCGGUAAAGGUUUCACGAGAGAUUUCCACCGUGCUCGACACCUUCUUACGCACACUGGGGAAAAGCCAUUUGAGUGCACAGCUGAUGGAUGCAAUCAGAAGUUUGGAACAAAAUCAAACUUAAAGAAGCACGUUGAGCGCAAGCAUGAAAAUCAGCAAAAGCAAUAUGUGUGCGACUUUGAAGGCUGUAACAAGUCUUUCAGGAAACAUCAACAACUUAAAGUUCAUCAGUGUCACCACACCAAUGAACCUCCCUUCAAAUGUAAUAAUGAAGGAUGCGGAAAGUAUUUUUCUACACCUAGUCGACUAAAGCGGCACGAGAAGAUGCAUGAAGGCUAUACGUGCAGGAAAGAAAACUGCUCAUAUACUGGAAAAACUUGGACAGAGCUUCUGAAACAUAAUAAAGAAAGUCAUACAGAGCCAAUAGUUUGCAGUGAGUGUUACAAAACUUUUAAACGGAAAGAUUACCUCAAGCAGCAUCAAAAAACACAUGCUGUGGAGAGGGAAGUCUGUCGAUGCCCAAGAGAAGGAUGUGGGAGAACUUACACAACUGUAUUUAACCUUCAAAGCCAUAUCCUCUCUUUUCAUGAGGAGAAAAAACCAUUCUCUUGUGAUUAUCCAGGCUGUGGAAGAGUGUUUGCAAUGAAGCAGAGCCUAGCAAGGCACACAGUUGUACAUGAUCCUGAAAAGAGAAAGCUGAACUUGAAAGCAAAGCAUUCUCGUCCUAAGAGGAGCUUAGCCUCUCGUCUGAGCGGCUACAUUCCUCCUAAAACACAGCCAGGAAAGGAUGCGGUUGUGACAGAAAGCAAGACAAUGGGGUAUUUCCCUAAUUACACGUCUGGACCAUGCCUAGAACAAUGGAGCUGUGCUCUCAGGUUAGGCACUGCUGUAAUCUGAAUGAACAAUAAAGAAAUACUGCACUGAGCACUUCACCAGGACUCUCCUGUUAUCUCAGGGCUUCACUGAUAACCUUAAUAAAAGUCCUUCAAAAGACUGAGUGUUCAUGCCUACUGCCCAACUGCUUGCUUUUUGUAUAGCAUUUUGAACAUGAAAAAACAUCAAUUAUGAUCCCUGGAUUGUCAGAAAAUAAUGAUUUGUGCUAUUUACUGCUUUCUGAAUUAUUGGUAACAUAUUUUUCUCUUCCUGAAAUCU